CUGAGCCUCUUUCUUCCUUCUUCUUAAAUCCCUUCCUUCUCCCCCAUAUCACUCCACACCCUCCCACCGAGUCAGAAACUCAGAAACCCAGAAACUCAGAAGAAGAAACGAUAUGGAUAUGGACGAGAGACAAGUGAUGAUGCGCGACAUCGGUUUACAAAUCUUCAUGAUUUUCCUCUUCAUCUUCGUCUUCCUCGGCAUCUACGGCAUCCCACAGCGGCUAUUCGCCAAGCUCCGAUUCCAAAACCGAGCCAGCGUCGACGCCAAGCGCCACUUCGUCAAAGGCGCUCAGCUCCUCGCACAAGCCAGAUCCUCCAACGCCCGAACCAGAUCCGCCACCACCUCCCUCGCUAAAGAAGCCUUAGCCGAAGCCGAGAAAGCCAUCGCGCUCGAUCCGAAAGACGCCGCGGCUUACCUUCUCAAAGCGAUGGUUCUCGAUCUACAGGGAUUCAGAACCUCCGCUUUGGAAUCGCUUGAUGCGGCGCUCUCACCGCUCGCCGCCGGAUCGCUAGCUAGCGGCGAGCGGGGAGAUGCGCUGCUUAAGAGAGGCGAGUUGAAACUCGCGACGAGUCAGCGCGGGAAGGUUGACCCGGCGCUGGCGGAUUUGACCGAGUCGGUGAAACUCAGUCCGAGGAACGUGAAGGCUUGGAGUUUGUUAGGGGAGUGCUAUGAAGGGAAGAAGAUGGAGGAGGAGGCGAAGAAGGCGUACCAGGAGGCGUUGCAGUUGGAGCCGGAGCUUUCUGCUGCUCAGGAAGCGCUCAAACGGUUGAGUUCUGCUUCUUCAUAGUUGAAUUUGGUUGGUAUGAAUGAACUUUGAGAUUCAGUUGCAUUGAUCUUUGAAUUCGACUUGUACUUGCAUUUCUGUUUUGAGUUUUAGCGUAAAUCUAGUGGAAAUAAAGGGAGAAAACUGCAACUGUGAUAGUGAUACAAAGCAAAAGUGGGGUGGUUUAAGAGCCUAAAAAUUUGGAGAGUAACUUUAUUUCCUCUUUUGUGUAUAAGUGUAUAACUCUGCAUGAUUUUGAAUAUUAUCAGUUGCGCUAAUAUUAUUGUUCAGUUUGUAA